AUGACCGAAGCCAAACCACACACCCCAGAGCGUGUCCGUGUUGCCAUCUGUGGAGGCGGCAUUGGCGGUCUUACCAUGGCUGCUGUCCUUCGCCGGCUCGAUAUAUCCUACGUCGUACUGGAGCGAUAUGCACAGAUUACUCCCCAAGGAGCUGGAAUAUCACUUGCCCCCAACUGUUUGCGGGCUUUAGAUCAGCUCGGCAUUUUUGAGAAGCUGGCUAAGCAUUCGCAGGCGCUGCGUGAAGUCCACAUUUAUAAGAACAACGAGUUCUGGGGUUCCCAGAAAUUCGGAAUGACCAACGAAGCAUUUGGAUAUUAUGUGCAUAAAAUUGAGAGACACCAGUUUCACCACCUGUUGCUGGAGGCAGCAGGCGGUACUGAUGUCGUUCGAUUAGGCUUCAACGUGAAUGAUGUUGUCGAUGAGGAAGACGCUCCUUAUGCUAUUGUCAGAGCUGAGGAUGGCCGAGAAGUUCACGCCGACAUCAUUGUUGGCGCUGACGGAAUUCGCAGCUAUACUCGUCGAGUACUGGCCGAGAAGAGCGGAAUGAAGGCAACAAACAACAUCCGCUUCACUGGAAGAGUCCAUAUGUCCGGAUACACAAAUCCCUUGACACACUUAACUACUAAGGAUGAGGGCGUUGCCCACUGGAUGUUGUAUGACGACGCCAUUCUCACUACCUGGCCAUGCAAGGACAACAGACAGUGGUUUAUCGGUGUUGCGGCGGCAAAGCUGAAGCCAGGCGAGCAGCCUGAUCGAUCAGUGUGGAAGGGCGCCACUAAGGACACAAUCAACGAGGUCUACGGUGAACGGUUCCAUCCAUUUGGUGAGGAAUCUAAAAUGAAGUCGAUUGUCGAUGCUUCUGAGCGCGUUAUUGCCAGCAACGUGUUCAUGGAGCUUGACGUCCCACACAUGGUGAAGGGGAGGAUCAUGCUUGUUGGUGAUGCGGCCCAUUCCAUGACAUCAUUUUUUGGCCAGGGUGGAUGUCAAGCCAUCGAGGACGCCGUAGAGCUCGGUAACGCCUUGUACGAGCAUUUCCAUCUUGAUGACCCCACUGCCUUCAACAGAUAUUCCGAGAUCCGUCAGAAGAGAGCAAGGGACCUUGUCCAGUUCUCUGAUAACUUUGCAAAGGUCCAUACAGCCCGACUUCCAUAUGGGCUUGGACCUUUGGUGAGAAAAAUUCUUUACAAAUAUGUUCCCACCAGUAUAUGGGUAUGGUAUUUCGGCUGGCUCUUUAACUACCAGCCAGUCAUCAAGUACCCGCUGUUAGAUCUUCCUGCUGGUCGGGCAACUUCCGCCUAA